AGGGAGAGAAAAAAAACCCACCGACGCCGCGCGCGCUGUAGAAAACAACGGCGGGCAGCCCGCUGGUCCGCGCCCUGAGUGGUUGCUAUGGCAACGCGGGUAAUCAAAGCGGAGGCCUGAGGCGAAGGGACCAGGCCCGAGGUUCCUCCUCUCUUCCACCCACCCUUUUAUUCCGUGACUGUGGUGGUGCAGUUUUAUCCUCAGAACAACCUUGUGGGGGAGGUGAGGUUGCAAGAGAAAGACUGGUCCAAGGCCACCCAUUGAGCUUUGUGGCUGAACAUUUAAUCUGGGGUCUCCUAAUCCAGGAUUCUAACCACUACACCACUCUGGCUCAUAUCACUGAGCUUUUCAUCUCGUAAAAUGCAGCAUUCUGUGAAAUGAAGAAAGGCCGACCACAAAGAGCAUCAUUUGAAAAAAGGCAAAUGUCUCCAUCUCGCACUCAGAGUCCAAUGAGCUCAAGCUGCCGGUCACCAUCUCCACUUAGCAGACAAGGAACUUCUGCUGCUUAUCUAGCCACAGAACCAAGUUAUUCAGGAGAUCUAGUUGAAGAAAGGGAUUUAGAAAUUCCCUUUGAUUAUCAUGUCGGACAAGGCGGCAACUGUAUCAUUACAGGUAUUAGAUACAUAACAGAGACUCUUAUCAAGAAAUUGUCCAAACAGGAAAAUGUGGCACGUGUAACUUCUUUGAAUCUUUCUCUUGCUAAAGAUGGAGGAAAGAAGUUUAAGUACAUAGAAAAUUUGGAGAAGUGUGAGAAACUUGAAGUCCUUAAUCUCAGUAACAAUCUGAUUGAGAAGAUUGAAAAAUUGGAUAAACUUUUCAAGCUACGGGACCUUAAUCUGUCCUACAACAAAAUAAGUAAAAUAGAAAGUAUCGAACACCUUCUCAACCUGCAGAAACUGAACCUUGCCGGGAAUGAAAUUGAGCACAUCCCUGGGUGGAUGGGAAAAAAACUCCGAUCUUUGCGCACCUUGAAUUUGAGACAUAAUAAAGUAUCUUCAUUCCAUGAGGUAGCUAAAUUGAAGUUCCUUAAAGAUUUGACUUCUCUGUUCCUGGCUGACAACCCCAUUGUAAACCUACCUCAUUACCGUCUUUACACCAUUUUCCAUUUGAGGUCAUUGGAAGAACUUGAUGGACAGCCAGUGACAAACUCUGAGAGGGAUGAGGCUUUUUUGAGGUUUAAUAUAGAAGAGAUAGAAAAUCUAGAAAAGGACUUGGAAAAAAACAUGAAAGAGAUGGAAGACCUUAAAAACAAACAGGCUAGUCUGCUUGAACAGCUCCAGCAACAAGAUGACCUGAACAAAUUGUUAAAACAAAAAAACAUGCAACACAAACAGAGCUACAAAGAUCUGGAAAGUGAGCUGGAGACAAAAAAUGAACUGCUAAAGCAGAAGACAGUGGAAUUAACCCGAGCCUGUCAGAAACAGUAUGAGUUGGAGCAAGAGCUGGCUUUCUAUAAGAUUGAUGCCAAGUUUGAGCCAUUGGGUUAUUAUCCAGUAGAGGAUGUUGAACUUGAUGAUGUGCCAGGUGAAAGUCCUUACAUUGGGAAAGCCAGAUACAAAAGGAAUAUGUAUGCCGUGGAAGGUUACAUCCCCAAUAAGGCCCAGAAAAUACAAGUGGAAAGACUGGAACAGGAGGAGCAACAAAAAAUCCAGCAGUUUAAACUUAAUCUUCAUCAAUCCCUAGAUGUACAAUUAGAGGAAAAAGAGAAAAAGAUUCAAACAGCCCAAGAAAGACUGGCUGAAUUGCAAGAUGAAGUAGCCAGUGCAGAGCAACGUGUUUUAAAAGCGACAGAGGAGCUUAACCAAGUUCAGAAUGCUGUGGCUCAGAAAAAGAUGUCAGAAGUGGAAAAGGAAUGUCUCCGAGAACAGCUGAGCAACAAGAUACGUCUCCUAAAUGAGCUGCGAGAAGAAGCUGUGGAGCUAGAGAAACAGAUGGAAAAGCAGAGGCAAGAAAUGGUCAAAAAAGAGAAGGAGUUAGAAGACUUACAGAUUUUUAUAGAUUCUUUGGAUCCUAAAGACCCAAGACACGCUCACAUGAAGGCUCAGAGAGUAAGCAAAGAACAGCAACUUGACAUGAUGAACAAGCAUUACAAACAGCUUGAAAGUCGCUUGGAUGACAUGCUCUCUCGAAUUGCAAAGGAAACUGAGGAAAUCAGGGACCUGGAGCAACAGCUCACAGAUGGCCAAAUUGCAGCAAAUGAUGCACUGAAGAGAGACUUGGAAGGAAUUAUCACUGGGCUGCAGGAAUAUCUAGAGAGCGUCAAGGGUCAGGCCAAACAGACCAGCGAAGAAUGUAGGGAGUUGCGGAAAGAUAAAGAAGCAUUGCUGCAAAAGCUGGAAGAGCUGGAGGGUGAGAAAAGUCAGCUGGAAAUAAUUGCCAUGGAUACAGAAAAUCUAAGAAAAGAAAUUGCAGAUCUUGAGCAAGCACUCCAAGAACAACGAGAACUAAAUGAGUCCCUGCAGGAGGCCCAAGGUGAAUUAAGUGCUUAUGAGGCUGAACUGGAGGCAGAGAUGAAGGCCCGAGAUGCUGAAGCCAUUCAACAUAAAGAAGAGUUGGAGAGGCUGAAAAAGCUUAGUCAGCUGGAACACUCUGCUCUCCAAGAUGAACUUAGCAAAGAAAGACAAGCCUUGGAAAAUGCCCUGGCCAAAGCACAAUUAUUGGAAGAGAAGGAACAGGAAAAUAACGAGUUGCUUUCCCAACUCAAACAGCUGCAGAAGAACAAUAACUUUUUGAAACAGCAAGUUAAAGAUACUCAAAAUCAAUUGAAUCAUGCGGUUAACAACUUAAUUCGUCCUGAAGAAGUCUCUGCUCGUGUGAAUGAACUGAAAAGAAAGCUACAGACUGGAGCAGAAAUUAGGUGCCAUAACUCAAACGAUUUCUUAGGAAAAAACCUUGCAGAUCUGCAGAAGCAAUUUGCUGAGAUCCUUGCUCAUUCACAGCAGGAAAAUAAGGCAGCACAGGCCAGAGAAAGGGAGCUGCGGAAGGAAAUGGCUUCUCAGCAAGCUAGGAUGGAAGCGGCACAAGAGAAAUACAGGCUGGCCUGCAACAAAGCUGCAGAAGCCAAAAUUAAAUCUGAGAAGCGACAGAAUGAAACCAGAGUCCGGCAGCUAGAGAAUGAAAUCCAGGAUCUAAGUGAAAAGCUGAAGAACAUGGAGGAAAUCCAGUCCCUUGCAGAUCAGCAGCUUCAAGAUGCUGAGGAAGAGAGAGAGAGAAUUCUUGCUCAACUGGAAGACUUGGAGAAUAGGAAAAAUGCAGAAGAUGCCAGGUCACAAAGGCAAUUGCUUGGCAUCAAUAAAGAACUGGAGGAGUUAAAACAAGCAAUAUCUGCUUCAGAUAAACGGGCAACAGCAGAGCUCAGUGCAGCCAAAGAUCAACUCCAGUCACUUCAUGGGACUGUUCACAAGAUUAACCAGGAACGCUCUGAGGAGCUUCAGGAAGCCGAGAAGUCUUCUAUGGAGGCCACUCGGGCCUUAAAGGGACUUGCCAGAGCACAAGCAGAAAUUGGAUUAUUGCAAAAGCUUUUGAAAGACAAAGAGGAGCAGUUUCAGUAUGAAAUGGAAAAGGCAGGUGCUCAGCCAACGAAAUCAGAUUUUCAGAAAGACCAGAUAGAGAAAUUAAACCAACUCUUGCAACAGCAGAAAGCAGAAAUUGACCGACUACAAAGUCUGUUAAAGCAGGCUGGAGCAGGCAACAAGGAAGAAAUUAACAACAUAUUGGAUGAAAUUGAAGCGCUCAAGUGUACCAUCUCUGACCAGAAUGACACCCUUGCCAGUGUAGUAGAUCCACGGAAACAAAAGGGACUUCUGUGUUGUAUGCCAUCAUCAUCGCAAGCAUCCACUCCUGCCUCUCAGAGUACCAAAGAUUCUGGAGUUGGCCUGCAGUGUCCUAUGUCCACCCCAGUCAGAAAGAGGCAUGGGGAGGGUAAGCAAAACACGAAGGAGGCUUCUGUUUCUCCUGCUGCCAGAGUCUGCUGGGCAUAUACACCACUUGGAAGCGGCCUGCCAGAAUCUCAUUCUCAUGGAGGAAACCACGAAGAUGAUGAAGUGACCUCUUCUUUUGUACCGCCUCCUGGUUCUGUUAUUUAUACCCUGCUGCCAGAUGGGGCUCCUGCGCCUCCAGGGGUGGUGGUGUAUGGCCUUCCUCCUGUAGCAGCCAAUGGAGGACAACUUGCUCACUCUACAGUCAUGUAUGGAUCACCGCCAGCAGGAGCCCAGCUAGUUUACAGCCCUCUUCCUGCUAACUGUUCAGUGCCUCUUGUCCCUGUUGGAGUGCUUCACUGCAACAUACCUGAGCACCAUAAUUUGGAGAAUGAAAUUUCAAGACUAAAAGGUGUUCUAGAUCAGUUAAAGUCUCAGAGGCAGGAGGGUGAAUGUCCAGGAUCAUCUCAUUGUGACCAUAAUAAAGACAGGGAAGAACUGUACCAGGACAUUGAAGGCCUCUUGAGUGAAAGAGAAGAGCUAAAGCAUGAAGUGGCAGAGCUACGCAGGACAGCCCAGAAACGAAGUAAACGCAAAGAUUUUGUUGAUGGGCACGUGAACAGCCUUAUUACAGAGCUGGAGUUAGAGAAAUCUCUCCAACAUCACGAAGACAUUGCAGAUGAAAUCGAAUGCAUAGAGAAGACUCUUCUAAAGCGACGAGCAGAACUCAGGGAGGCAGACAGACUUCUUGCAGAAGCAGAAAAUGAACUUGAAAACACUCGAGGAAAAACCAAAGACACGAUUGAGAAAUACAACAACGCCAAGCAGCAUUUGACUCGGACUGAAAAAGAAGCAGAGGAGCUUGAACGACGGGCUCAGGAGAUGGCAGUGAGGCUUGUAAAAGCAGAUCAGCAACUAAGGUUGCUUCAGGCAGAUGCAAAGGACUUAGAACAGCACAAGAUGGAACAAGAAGGUAUCUUGAAGGAAAUCAACAAAGUUGUGUCAGCAAAAGAUUCUGAAUUUCAGUCACUGAGUCAGAAGAUCGGGAUAUUGACUGAAAGUCUUCAGAAGCUGCAGGCCGAUAUACAGGUUGCAGAAGGUAAUGAAGACCAUCAUCUUCAGAUACUUAAAGAAGCAGAAAAUAUUCUUCAGAGCAAAAAAAGUGAGCUAGAGAGGUUGAAGGAUCAGACUGCAGCUCAACAGCAAGAAUUGCUGAUUUUGGACAGACUGCUUGGUCAAAAAAAAGAAGAGCUGCACCUCCUCCAAGAUAGCAUCGCUCAGAGAAAUGCUAACCUCGCAGGAGCUCUCAGGGACGGCGAGGCUGAAGUGGCUGAAAAGCGGUGGCAAAUAAAGGAAGUGAAAUCUCUUCUAGAAGAGUUGAGUGUUCAGAAAGGAGAACUCAGCGCCCAGCUCAGUGAGAAAAGAAACCAGAUGUCCCUAAUAAUGCAGAAUAUCCAAAAAGAGGAUGAGAAGCUGCAGGAUGUCCUAGGACUAAUCACAAAGCACAAGACAGAACUGAAGUACAUUCUGGAAAUGUUGCAGCUUGAAAAUGGUGAACUGGAAGGUGUAAAGCUCCAGCAUGAACAAAAAAUUAAUGAACUAGAAAAGAUGCAAGUUGAAAUUCUAGAGGAGAAACUGGAGUUGGAGGCUCUGCAGCAAUCAUCCCAGCAGCAGCGAGGGGAAGUGGAACACCAAAGGCAGCUGCUCAAGGUGGCCCAACAAGAAGCUGAACAGCUGAAUUUUCAGCACCAGACUCUGCAGAACAGCAUCAAGGCAUUGGGCAGAGAGAAGCAGCAGCUAGAAGAAAACUGUCAGCGUCUGCAGGAGAAAUGGUCACAAACAAAACGAACUUUAGCUGCUACCGAAGACAGCAGUAAAGCAGCCCUCACCAGUAUAGAGAAUAUGGACUCAGAUAUCCAAAAAUUGCAGCUAGAAAUUAACCGUCUACAAAAACACAAAAAAACUCUAAAUGACGAGAUUGCAGACAUGCAGAAGCAUUUUCAUGAAAAAAAGGAGGAGCUGAAUAUACUGAAGACUGAACUGAAUGAUUCCAGGCAGCAUUUGCAGCUCUUAGAACAGGAGGUAAAAAAUGCUGCAAAGCAGAAAGAGGAAGCCCUUCAGGAACAAGCAGCCCUGGAAGACAACAUCAGUGAAUAUUCAAAGAAGUGCAGGGAAUGUCAAGAAGCACAAAAAGAGAGAGAGAACCAGCUGCAGAAGCUUUGCAAGGAAAUUGAAGAGCAAAAGCUGGAACUGGCCCAGCAAGAAGCGAUCCUUCAGAACCUCAGGGAAGACACACGGGAUGAGGAAAAGAAACGGGAAGAGUGCAGAGCUAAAACAAAGGACCAGAAACAGCUACUGGGACAAGAGCUGGCAGACCAGCAGCACGAACUGCAGCAAGCAGUUGCCAAAGUCCAGGAGGCAGAAGGACGGAUCCAGAAGCUUCAGGAGGAAGAGUCCUGGUGUGCAGCCCUUGAAGAAACCGUCAGCAAAACUCGACAUCAGCUCUCUGAAAAAGAACGGCAACUGCAAGAAAAGGUGGGUGAGGUUUUAUGCCUCCAAAGGGAGCUGGAUCUCUCCAAGGCUGAGCAGCUCGUGAUCCAAGGUCAGAUCCAAGCAGAGAGGAGAAAAGCUGAAAAGCAAAUAGCAGACCUGAGGGAAGCCCUCAAGACACAACGGGCCCAGCUUGAGAAAGCUCUUCAUGAACAAAAACACGAGAAUCGCUGUUUGCAGAAAGAAGUAACCUCCAUAGAGCAAGUGGCACAAGACAACCACCAGCGAGCAAAGCGACUGAUGAAGGACCUUGGCCAUAUCCAGGAGGAGUAUGUUCAGCUGAAAUCACAGAUGAAGAGCCAAGAGGAACUGGAGAAACAACAAAAAGAGCUCAGGGGGGCAGUGAAGACACUGAAACAGGAAGUGAAAGACAAAAUGAGGACUGGUUUGAAGGACCUGAGCCAGUCCCCUCCAGGGGUGUUGGAGGAUCUAGAGGCCACCUUUGACAUGCAAGGAAGACAGCAGGGUGAAUUGGAAAGCCUAAAGGAAAACUAUCCGUUUGCAGCUAAAGAAGCAAGAGUGCCAUGCUUUGACGAAAAACUGGACUUGUCCAAAAUCCAUGUCACGGAUGAACAGUGGCGAGGAAAAGCACGCAGAGAACAACUGCAGCACCAUGAAGAUCGGCUCAAGGCUCAGCUUCGGCAAUGCAUGUCUAAGCAAGUAGAGGUGUUAAUUAAAGGCAGGCAACAGACCGAGGGCACCCUCCAUAGUCUGAAGAGGCAAGUGGAUGCACUGGAUGAACUGGUUAGCAGCACUUCAACAGACUCUCUUUUUCCAUCCUUAAACUCCUCCAGAUUCACAGCUUCCUUUCUAGAAGACCUGAACCUUCCAAAGAUUCAGUUGUAGGAAAGCAGUGAUGUAGUGACAGGUGCCUAACACAGGUUUGAAAUAGCUGAAGACUACUACCUCGUUUGCUUACAUGGACAUUCCCUUGUGACAUCUUUUACAUAUUUUCCUUAUGCAUAUUCAGUUGAAUCCUAAGUGUUUGCAAUUCAUGACCUUUAAGUGGGAAGUUAGAACUCUACUAAAGCACUGAAAACAUUACAACUGGUCUCAGUUGUACCUUGGGAAGCGGCGGGGAGACUUACAGUUCAGGUUUAUAUGUAUGUUUUUACAACUCUCUGGAAAAAAUGUUAUUU